AUGGCAGCCUCAAAACCCAGCGUUCGCAUCAUCAGUGCCCUCGUCGGCCCCCGCCUUUUGGGUCCUCGUCUCACAGUUCGCCAGCUGUCAAUGACAGGUUCGACUUCGUCGUCAUCCCUUCUCACAACCGACAAGCCGUAUGCUUCAAAUCGUCCAGCUGGGCCUAUCCGCCUUCACGGCGAGCAAACCAUCCCAGUUCCCGAAGCCACCGAGACUGGCAACAAAGUCCGACGCUUCAACACAUCGAGGAGUUUGAAGUCCGUCGGCGAUUCCAGCACACUGGACUUUAUGCACUUCCCGGACUUCAACCCGGAGACCCGAAGUGCGCCCUUGGGAAUUAGAGUCCCCAUCUUACCAUGGGCCAAUGUUGCUAGCCGGAGUGCUGAGAGCGAGGAUUCCAUCCCCAUGCAACCCACCAUCUACACCGUCUCUGCUGACGGCACCCACAUCCACUCUCCCUCCGCAAUGUCUGAGAUGACCGACUCAAAUCAGUCUGCCUACCAGGGUAUGGCUGAGGCUGUUGCCAGUAAAUUCACCGCGACCCGCCAGGAGGGAGAAGGAAUGGUGAAGCAGAUCUGGAAUGAUCUCAUGGAGGAUCUCGCUGAUCUUGCGAGUGGCUCAAAGCGUGGGCCCAAUAAGGUCUAG